UUUUCUCAAGGGUUGCAACUUGCAAGGUCCCAUCUCUUUUCUUCCACCAUUGUUUCUUAUAAUAGAAGCACUAACAAGUUUCUCCACACACACAGGGUAAGUGGCUUUCUUGGUGCUUCUUCAAGCUCCUACUUGGAGCGCACACAGACCAAGACAAGUUCCAUACCAGAUACUCAAAAAGUUCCCCCCUCUAGCUGUAAUUAAAUACAUAAGAAACAAAGUUCUAGUUUCUAUUUAUACCACCAUUAACAUAUAUAUUAUCCUGACGGAGAACACAAGAAGGACAAUUCAAUGGAGGCUAAGAACAAGAUGUCUGAGGUGCUGCCGUUCAUAAUCAUGGUGGUUAUGGAAGGUUGGACCAUAGGGCUCACCAUUUUUGCAAAAACUGCAAUAACUAAUGGAAUGAGCCCAUUUGUGUUCAUAGUUUAUACCAAUGCUUUGGCCACUAUACUACUGUUCCCUUCUUCCUUUUUAUCACACCAAGAGGACAGAAAGCAGCGCCAAACUUUUACUUUCUCUUUGUUCAUGCGAUUCUUGUUCAUCGGUUUAAUAGGGGUAACCAUGACUCAGGCCUUUUUAUUUCUGGGUCUAAGCUAUAGUUCGCCAAUACUUGUGUGUGCCAUGAGCCACUUGUUCCCAACGUUUAAUUUUCUGCUCUCUCUCAUUCUCAGGUUCCACAUCAUCAAAACUCAGAAGACAGAGUUGAAUCUGAGAAGCCCUGGUAUCCAAGUCCAAGUGAUUGGUGUGUUGGUAUCAAUAAUGGGAGCAGUGGUAGUUGAAUUCUACAAGGGACCACUCGUAAGACCUUCUUCUCACCACCUUCGACAAACUAAGCAACUUCUUCUCUUCUCCUCAACACCAGAAUUUUGGCUUCUUGGUGGCGCUUUGCUUGCUGCAGCUUCCUUCUCCCUUUCGAUUUCCAACUUCAUCCAGAAAGAAACUCUAGAGCAAUAUCCGGAACCAAUGAAGAUGGUUUCUUAUUCUAGCUUAAUUGGAAUGAUCCUCUGUGCAAUAGUAUCGUGUAUCAUUGAGAGGGACAUAAAUGCUUGGAAGAUAAAACGUAAUAAGGACCUUAUUCUCAUUGUUCUAACUGCACUAGUAGGAGGUGUGAUUCGUCCAAAUAUUCAAGUAUGGUUAACUCGCACGAAGGGUCCACUUUAUGUGCCACUUUUCAAGCCCUUUGGUAUUGCAUUUGCCACUACUUUUGCAGUUUGCUUCUUUUCUAACAGCCUUCAUUAUGGAAGUGUUAUAGGAACAACUAUACUUGGAAUGGGGUAUUAUACAGUAAUAUAUGGACAAGUGAAAGGAAACGAGGAAGAGACAAACUGUGACGAUAGCUCAGAAUCCUUGGACAAGAAGAUACCUCUUCUGCCAGAAAAGAUGGAAGUGUGACCAAAAUUUUGAAAGAUUCUAACUGUAUAUAAAUCAUGAAACAUGUAAAUACCAUAAAAACAAGGUGAUUAAAAUCAUUGCAUUUUCGUUGUAAAAUAUCCGUGAAUAUAAAACACAGUGUACAUGUA